UAUGAAGUUGCUCAACACUGUACUCAGAGAAAUCCUUCUGUUUCUUGAAUUCAAAGACAUCGUGAACUCAGGUCUUCCAUUUGUAUCCAAGAUAUUCUACCAAAACAUUGUCCAAGAUAAUGAGGUCUUUAGAAGGAUGGUCCCUCGCUAUGUAGCUCUUAUCAAAGACAACGACCAAGAACUAGCUUAUUACAACAUGGUGAUGAAACUAAAAGAGAGUGAUUCUUCUUUGUUCGAGCAAAAAACCCUCGAAGACUUUGACAAAUUUUAUGAGAAUUCCAAAUCCAAACUCUGGGACACUCUCAGAAGACUAGAAAUUGCUGUUUCGAAUGAGAUCCAUGUUGAGUUGUUCAGAGUCUCUGGAGCUAAAGAUCGCCCUAGCCAAAAUAGGGAUCUAAAAUACAUAUUUAGCAGUUGAAGCCACAUCUUCUACUCUAGAUAUGAGGGAGGCAUGAAGAACAAAAUCUUCUGAGCAACAGGAAUUAUGCUAGUUGAUAAGUAUUCACUAGAGAGUGAAAGCUCUGAUGAGGAUUAUUGAGAACAUAAUGAAGGAGACAAUAAUGAGAAGGAGUCUCUAACAGGAUAUGUCACGUUCAGUGAAAUAAAAAACGAUUUUGCACGCUUUACAGCUCCCAUGGAGCAAUUUAAUCCAAAAGCUAUCUCAAAGUGCCAGAUAUUUUCUCUUGAUUCUAUACCUCUUUGGAAUAAAUUUAAGGUAUUUUCUAGCAACUACGCAACCCAGCCCAUCAAGACAUUUGCAAUAUUUGUUCACGAUUUUCCCUUACAUCCUGAAGACCAUCCACUAUCUCACAUCGUAAAGGAGAGCUUUCUAAAUGCUAAAAGUACAUCUGAGCAAUCGCCCAAAACAUUCACUGAUCCAGGAAUAUUUAGCCAAGUGAAUCCAGAGGAAAUCAUAAUAGAAGAAUCAACGACCGAAGCAGAUCAAGACUACAUCGCAUGCUUCACUUCUCUUUCUGACGAUAACCUUGUUCCCAAAAUUGUGAAUUCUAACGAAAAUCUGAUAGAAUUUGAUCAGCACUUCUACUGUGACAGGCUAGAAGAAACGAAGGGGGACGUCAUUGGAGAACAAAUAGAUUCUUUAGAGAUCUCUGAACUAGCUGGUUCACUUCAUCAUCAACUAGAUGACAAGAACGAUUAUUUCAGACUUAGGCUUGCAGCAAUUGCUUAUGAUUUAAAUACCAUGGCCAACAACUAUGAGAUUAAGCUAAAGCAACAGGUUCCAGGGAGAUAUGUUACAAUCAUCCCGAUUGAUGUUCAUGACAGACAGCCAGGCCAAGAAAAGAACUACGAUAUUGGUGGGAUUACCUUUUACGGAAAUCACCUUAAAGGACCAUUGGUGAAACUCGUUGAAUAAU